AUGUCAGACUCUUGUAAUCAAUCACAAGUAAAGUGUUUCCAAGAUAAAGAUUUAUGUAAAAUUAAAAAUAUUCGUAUUGAAGAAUUACCAAAAAAUUCUCUGUAUGUUCGUCCAUACCGUUUGUUGUUCACAGAUGAACAUAACAAUAAUCAAGUCGAACGAAUAUGGGAUUGUGUUGAUGCUCAUUCAAGUGUUGCGAUUAUUGUUUUUAAUAAAUCGAAUGAUACGUUAGUAUUAGUGAGACAAUUUCGCCCUGCUGUUAAUGUUAUGUUCGCCAAAGAACAUCAACAAGUAUCAUCAUUGCAUGAUAUUGACUUCAGUAAACAGGAUCCUGCAGAAGGCAUUACAUGGGAGUUGUGUGCCGGAAUUAUCGAUAAAAGUGGAAAAACAAACAAGGAGAUAAUUCAAAUUGAACUAUUAGAAGAAUGCGGUUAUAAUGUAGAUUUAGAUACAAUUGAAAAAGUGUCACAAUAUCGAACAGGUGUGGGUAUUCAUGGUGGAUUACAAGAAUUGUUUUAUGUUGAAGUAACAAAUGAAAUGAAAACAAAUAUGGGAGGAGGAAAUGCCACGGAACAAGAAUUGAUUGUUGUCCAUGAAAUUAGUGUAAAUGACGUUUAUAAAUUUAUUUUUGAUGAAACGAAAGCAAAAUCGACAAAUCUUAUGUUUGCCAUGUUUUGGUUUCUACAUCAGAAAAAACGUUUGCCGCCGGUGUAA